CUGAUGGAGGUGGGGAGUUGAUUCCACCAUUGGGGGGCCAGACAGGAGAGGAGAGGACAUUACUGAGUCUCAACCCGUCACAGUAGCUGUCAGCACAUUACACCAGACACUUAUUUACAUUGUUUCAAAUGCUAAUGAAGGUUUUCUAGACUUACUGAAUUCAAGGCUGCUAUCUGUUUUUGUAACCUUAGAAGAAAGAAUAUUGCUCUCAUAAGCUCCUGUAAUUUCAUGACAUGGGCCAAGAACCCUGAUUGCAUCCAUGUGCAUCUUUAUGGCAUUUCUUCCUCCAGAGUCUGUGAGGCUUGUGGAUGGAGCUCGUCUGUGCUCUGGCAGAGUGGAGGUGAGGUCUGAUCAGUCGUGGGUCUCAGUGUGUGAAGCUGACUUUGACAGGCUGGAUGCAGGAUCCUGUCGGGAGUUUGGCUGUGGGGCUCCUUCAGCCCUCCAGGGGGCGCUCUAUGGAGAAGGGAAAGGUCCACUCUGGGAUAAAGAGUUCCAGUGUGGAGGCACGGAGUCCCGUCUCCUGGACUGUGACACCUCAGGCUCAGCUAGAAACACCUGCUCACCUGGUAAUGCUGUUGCACUCACCUGCUCAGGGCCAGAUGAUGUGAGGCUGGAGGGAGGAGAUGGUCGCUGUGCUGGCAGAGUGGAGCUGAAACACCAGGGAGAGUGGAGGAGAGUGGGCCCGAAGUCUGUCUGGGACCUGAGAGCUGCAGCUGUAGUGUGCAGACAGCUGGACUGUGGCUCUGCUGUUUCAAAAAGAUACACUGACUAUGAUAAACAUCCUGCAUGGAUGUUUGACUCUCACUGUGCUGGGUCUGAGUCUGCACUGAGGGAGUGUGGAAGAGUGAUGGAUGGAAGGCAUUCCUCUUCCAGUACUCUGGAGGUGACCUGCUCAGGUAAUACACACAUCAUGUUGUUAUAUUCAGCUGAUGAUGUUGGCAGUCACACAUUACUGACCUCCAACCUCCUCCCUCAACCCUAAACCCUCACAGACUUACUUGACAUCACAUGAUAAGUGAUUGAGUGCAAGAGGCUGCAAGGGCUCAAAAUGCUCUGAAUAGGAAUGGGACAGCACUCUGCGGUAUUGUCACGUGACCUUGUCAAAGCUGAAACAUGUUACACACUAUUAUUGUGGGUUUGGGACUUACCAUUUGACAUGUAUUGCUGUCACCACCAUUAGUGAGCUUUACGUUUAGACUUUCAUGUAAACUUUUUUUUUCUAACCAUGUGAACUUGAAGGUUAGUUGCUCCUUCCAUGCUUGUUAGUUUACAGUUCUUCUUCUUUCUUGUCUUAUGAGGAAGGCUUGCCGGGAUUUCUCUCUCUCUUCCGGGCUUCCCCUGGUAACCCUCGUGUUUCACGUCACAACGCUGGGAAUUGUGGGCAAUUCCCUUAGCCAAAGUCUGCCAAAAUGCAGAAUUAUGGAAAAUGUGCAUAAAGGACUCAAAAUGUCUGCCAAAGUGCCCUCACCCACUUGACGAUUUGACAGUAGGACAGCCCU